AGAACUUGACCGAGACAGUGAAAAAGGGCGUAACAAUCGGUUCGGUUACGGCGGGCGCGUUUUGCUCUUACUAUAUUGCACUGUAGCUCCUUUAAGGCGAAAAAAGAAAAAAAAAACGGUGACCUCCCUAUUUGUCCUCAGCAUUUAGACAUCGUGACACUUUUCUGGUUUCCCGUACGGUCCCCCGUCGGGUUCAAGUGUAAUUGUCGUGUUCGGAUCACUGUUGGAUUUGAUGUAAUUAGUGUGGAAGUGUAUUUUACUGAACCUGCUGGUGGACGGAUAUCCGUCCGCUAGGAUCCAUUGAGCAAUCCUCUAGUUGACUCCGUUAAUGAAAGGGAAUCGACUAGAUCUAGAUUAUAGUGCCGCUGUCAGGCUGUGAUGUUCAAUUUUGCCAAAGAACCAUCAGGAACGGUCGAAAUGAGGACAGUUUAUAAUAUGUACCUAGUUACUAUAAUGAAGCUACGAUGAUUGUGUCGAUGAAAUUAACGUCGUUUGAAGGAUCCAACAUGAUUUAAUCAGUGAAGUGGUGAUUGCUAACAAGCGAGAUAAUCAGUAAUGGUGAUGAAUAAUGUCAACCUAGAAAAGCGGAAAUGCGCGGCAGUAGCAUCAAUAGUACAGUGAAGCAAGUGUAUCUAGAUUGAAAGAAACUAUCAAAUUGACUGAAUGAUAGGAAUAAUAGCACCCAGAAGAUUUUGAACUGGGAUGGCUUCACGGACCAACGAUAUAGUAUUCAUCGAGUAACAUGGUGCCCUAGGACGAUGGAAUCAAUCAGCAACGAGCCGAAACCGUACGAAACAUGAUUGACAACAUCAUGACACGGGACAGCGAAAUACCGGCCAUAUUCAAUCCGAAACGUGUUCGCGCCCCUUCCGUCGUGGUGACAGGAGACUCGCCAAAUGGACCGUUUGGCGGAGGAGGCUUUAUCAACAAUGUGCCACAAAUCAUGCACUCGGAUUCGGUGACCUCGAGUCAGCACGAUGGUCAGGACAGUCUGAUCGGCGUGACCGUGACCGGAGCCGGAUGCGAAACACCACCACCGGGAGUGUCUGUUGUGGCAGGCACAACGGUGGCCAACAACACUAACGCCAAUGUCGCAACCGAGGGUACCGCUCCAACUACGGCGACAUCCCGACUGAAACGAUGUCGGGACUCGUGCUGUUCCGAACUGGCUCAGAAAAUGUACUUUGGUGUAUGUGUGACGAUUCUAGUCACGGCCUCCUGGGUUGGAGCGACACAUUGCAUCAAAUUCCUCUACCUGCGGCGAAAUGCGUACGCUUCCACUCUACCGCCGCAUUUGACGGCACUGAUCACGGACAGUGAGCCGCUGCUGACAGCAGACGCCAACUCGUCGGCUCUGAUCGUGCACGGGUUCGGACCGACCACUUCGUUCAUGCCAUCGACCAUCAAAUCGAUCGUGACCUCGGACCGGAUAACGCCACCCAGUUCGGCGCACAUCUUUAACGCACCCUUCUUCGCGUCCUGGUUCUGUACGAACUUUUCGAUCCUGUUCUUCCCGAUCUACAUCUUGGGGCGGGUAGCCAUCAAAAAGUGUGAUGGGACGGGUGAAGUGAUUGGGGAAAUUCUGCGUGGCUUCCGGGACCGGGGAUUCACAAUCGGUCGGUUCCUCAAUCGCUGUCUGACCUUCUGCAUACUGUGGCUGCUGACGACCUAUCUGUACGCGCUCUCGCUAAAGGCGCUGUUAGCCACGGAUGUGAUGGCCCUGUUCGCCACCAAUGUGGCGUGCGUUUACCUGCUGGCCUGGGUGAUACUGCAGGAGCAGUUUGUGGGUGUUAGGAUCGUGGCCGUCAUCCUGUGCGACACCGGAAUCGCUCUCCUUGCCUACAUGGAUGGUAUUACGGGUAGCCCAACGCUGGGUGGAGUUGUACUGGCAGCCCUGUCAGCUGCCGGUUAUGCCGUAUUUAAGGUGAUGUUUCGGAAGGUGAUGGGCGAUCCGCCGGUGGGUCAAAUCGCGUUCACUUUCUCCUUCAUCGGUUUUCUGAAUGCGGCCAUCCUGUGGCCGGUGUGCAUCGCGCUGUACUUCACCGGUGCCGAGGUGAUGCCCUGGGAGCCGCUGCCAUGGAUCGUGCUGCUGAUGGCCAGCGUGUUGUUGCUAGUUUUCCACAUCUUGACGCAGUUUAGCAGCGCCGUUACGUACAAUAUGUUUGUUACAUUAGGUUUAAUUACGGCCGUACCAGUAUCGGCAGCACUGGACAUCGUGUUGUACGGAGCGCAUUUCGCCGGAAUGAAGCUUUCGGGUAUUAUAUUAAUAGCCGUUGGUUUCUUCCUGGUCAUGUUCCCGGAUAACUGGCCCGACUAUAUCACCCGGCUGCUCAGAAAAACUGGUCGUGCAUUACUAAGAAACCAAUGUUGUUGCCAAUCCGGCGAUCAAGAUUACGAAAAUUCGAAAUAUCAUCUUGUUGGGUCACAACGCGAGAACGAAAAUGAAAGAGAACAGUUCAACAGCUGGAACGGCGGGAAGAUCAUCAGCCAGCGCGACGUCAAGAUGGGGCCGUCAUCCUCGAAGCGGUAUUCCUUCGCAAUACCGCGACGUCAUCGACUAUCGGACGGGCUACAUUCGAUCGCAUCUUCGCUCUCCCUCUGGCCGGGUGAGAUGACCGCCGAACAACAACUACAGCAGCAGCAGCAACAAAAUGUCCACUUUCAGCACUACAUUCGCAGCGAGUACGGCAGCGAUAGUGUUGGCUUGAACAUGAAACAGCGCCACUAUUCAAUGGACACGGAAACUAGCUUUGGCCGAAGGGGAAAACGUUGCAAUAGUUCGACAACGAUGGCACUACCACCCAUUCGGCAGAUCAACUGCCGCAGCAGUUCAUUCGGGUCACUCGAGUAAAACGUUGAAGCGAUCAUUCGAAACGGUUAAGCGAAUCUGGUUGACAGUUUUGAGAUUUGUUCUUUAAUGUUUACAUUUUUUCCCAUAUUAAAACAAAGUAAACCAUGUUUUCUCUUGACAGGUUUGCUAGUUAUGCAUGCACACAAACAUUUGGUCGUCGAUUUCAUUAACAGGUGGUGGUUGCAGACCAAAAUACAUUGUAGGUGUCUGAAAGUACACACGACUUCACUCGAUUGGGCACGUUAAAUGAUAUCAACGUUCAAUAUAUCGAAUAAUCGAUUUACUUGCAACAAUGAUUGUCAAAAUUUCGUAUCAAAUACCGAACAAAUCGACUCAAAAAGUACCUUCGUGCUUUACCAUCAGUAUAUUAUUUCUAAAGAAUUAUGAAACGAAUUAAAGGUGAUCUACUAAAAUGCAAAUAAACAUCAGUAAUCACUGUUGCAGACAGUUUAGCAUCAAAAAAAUUAAAUUGAAAAAAAAAUUCUCAUCUUCGGCUAGACUAGUACAAUUGUUCUGAAGAACAGUCAACUUAGGUCGGAACAGGUGGUACACAGAAUCUCGGCGGCCAGCAGAUGGCCAGCAAAUCGAAGGAAUUGUGAUACUUUUAGAGUACUCGUUUUUAAGUGUAAUUUCGUUAUUACAGUUAGGGAAGAUCGGCGAUCUAGAAAUCCGAAAAAAGAUUUUGCGCGAUAAAAGCCAUAUUGUUAAUAAAGUUGCUUCGCAGCUUAUUUGAGCAAUUAUGAAAAAUAUGAUCAAUAGUCUUUUUUAGUUUGUAACAUGUGUUUUUCGGAUCAGGCGCUUUUCUCGAGCUUCUGUUGUUCUGACGCUGCUUAUGUUUCGAAACUGGUCCUUUCCAUUUAAAAUACUAUAUCCCAGAAUGCAUGGAAUUCAGCGCUCAAAUUCUGUCCAAAUAUUCUUUGAAAUUAGAUGUAUCGAAUAAAAAGGUUUAUUUUUCUCAUCCUAGAAAGCUGGUCUUCCCAGUAGUGGUAAAUUGAAUGUACAUUGAAAUAUUUAGUAUAAUAAUAGUAGAAUAGUUUCAAAUAUAUAUCAUUAUGUGAACUCUAAAUACAAUGGUAACAUUAGAAUGCUAAAGUAAAAAAACGUAAACGUCGAAAGCAACAAUAAUUACAGUUACACACUAAAGUGAGAAUGCCACAUGUUACAGCCAAGUGAUACAACGUUAGCAGGAAUUAGAUAUUCAUCGUUUCAGAAACAAUAUUUAGACACUUCGAAAACAUUGAAAAAAUCUUAUUGAAAAAAAUACUAUUUUCCAAUCGAAUAUCUUCAAUGGUCGUUGCUUCAUAUUUUUCUACAUAGUGAUCGUAGAGGCUAACAGAAUGGACAUAUUUGCGGGACAAUACCAUAAAACCGCCCACAAACAAAUCGCUUACCGUACACUAACGGUUCGACUUGUCAUAGGUAAAUAAAACCGAACAAACAGCCAAUGGUAUUUUUGAACAAAUCUAGAAAAAAUUUUCGAUGGGACGUAAAUAACAUUGAGAGCCUCUCUUUGUUUACUUUCUCUUUCGUUUAUUGCGACGUCAUUACAACACUUUGCACUAAUUUUCCAGUGCAAAAAAUCACUAAACGAAAUAUUUUCCACUCGUGUAGAAAUGCUUUUAGAAUUUCUACAUUCCAUAUUUUUUUAUUCUACGAAAAAAAAAAUUCCAAUAUAGAAAUAUAUCAGGAAGAACUUAUAAAUCAGCAGAAUUUUAAAACUACAGGAUUUUCGGAAUCCCUAGUUCCAUCCCGCAAAUAUAUCCAUUCUAUUUGUGCUCCUAUCGCAACUACCGCGAAGCGGAACAAUUUCGCUAUUUACUUCGUAAACUAGAAUGAGAGAAAUUAACUGUAAACUGUAACAAUCAAUCUUGAAUAGGUAUAUAAUCCACGUUCAGCGAAAUGAAAUAAGGUCGUAUGUUUGUAAAUUGCAUUAUAUAAAGCAUAGAAUAGUAGAAAUGUUCGACGCCAAAAAACAGACACGAACAGGCUCGAACAACACGCACAUUCAUACUACGACCUGCUCGAAUGUUCCAAUUUACUGAUCGCUCGAAACAUGAGUCUACAUUUGCUGCACCACAAUAAGAUCACGUACUACGUUAAGGAACAUUUGGGCAGCUGCUAGUAAGAUUGUAAUCAUCGAAAAUUUAACAUUUUGGAAAAAAAAUAUUCGUUAAGCCGUUCGGCUUCUGAUAAUCGUUAAAUAAUUACCAUUCGAUCUAUUAUGGGUACUGAAUGAAAAAUACUCGCUGGAGCUCGUUUUAGAUGUCGUUUGUAUCGAAAAGAUGGUCAAAUCACCUAGACACACACACAUAUUAAAUGGAAAAGUUUUAAAUUUGAGCAUUUUUUAAUAAAAGUAUUAUUCUACCA